CUGUAGAAACACUACAUUUUUCUAUUAACUUGCUCGAUAGCUGCUGUAUGAGAUCAUAAAGUUGCAUUACUCCGCAGAUGGCAUAAAGAUAUGAAUUCAUAGUGAAUCGAUCGCAAUUCGCUAUCAUUUUUAACAUUAUAUUCAGCACCACCUGUAUCUUUUGGCGACUGGUUGGAUGAUAUGCUUAAAGACGUUCAUAUAAGCUCAUUAAUAGCGUUUGACUCUGGCGUAGGAUGCUCUCAACCUGUCCGUGGUGAAGCAUCUUACUAUCCAUCGUAAGGCCCAAAUAUUUCAAUUUGCUAGUCCAUUGGACCAGAAGACUAUUAAUCUGAACCCUGCUGCACUUAGUUGGAACCAAAGUCCGUAUGCGUAUCCGUAUCCGUAUGUGAGACAAUCAUGACCUGAGUCUUGGCCACGUUGACACGGGUUUUCUAGCUUGUAGCAUACUGUACAAAGGCGCGACGGCUCACCUCUGCCAGUGAUCUACCCUUCACACCAAUAGCAGUAUCUUCUGCGAAAUACAACAGUGGACCCAGCAAACUACCCUGUGGCACACCAGCCAAAAGCAAGUGCAAGUCUUACAGCUUCGUACCCAGUGCUACUCUGACAAGUUUUUGGACUAGUCCACCGUGCCAGGCAUUGUCAAAUGCCUUUUCGACAUCUAAUAUUGCGACCUCCGUGAACCUGGCCUCUCUCUUGUUGUUUUCGAAAAGCUUAAACCUUAAUAACUGGUGAGUAGUAGAGUGAUCAGAACGGGAGCCAAAUAACUCCUCAGGAAAAUGAUCAAGUGUCUCCACAGUUUCCUGAAGAGACCCAAGUAUCACUCUCUCCAACAGUUGCCCUAGGAAGGAAAGCAGACUGAUUGGACGGUAGCUUAUGGGAUUCAUGGGGUCUUUCCUUGGUUUGAGAAUGGGUACUACCCUUGCCCACUGGCAUGCUUCAGCUCAGCUCAAGACACCUGUGAAAAAUAUUGCUAAUGAAGCAGAUGGCCCUCUCUGCGAAGUGCCUUAGUAGGAUGUUGAGAACCCCAUGGAAACAAGGAGCCUUCACGUUCUUUACUGCCUCAGCGCUACCCUGAUCCGUCCAGUCGAUACUCUACCGUCUGGGAGUACCGUGUACUGCGCCUCGUCGACUAAGAAUAAGCUAAUAGGUAUCUCGUCUUAGGGGCUAAGCAUACAGUGGAAUCCCUCAUAAUGAUUUUAAACCGUUCCAAUGAUUCACUCGUUAUGCGGGAGGCUCUUUUUCAUACAAUUUGUGUGAAAUAAUUUGUUCCAGGCCAAGAAAAGAGCAGGUAUAUAGAAAUUAUAUGUAUCACAACCAUACGGAACACCUUCAAGUGGCAACAGUAAUCCAUUGAUCAAUUAUUGCCAUCUAAUUUUUUGACUUCAUCAGCAAGUAUAUCCAGAAUGCAUGCAAGAACACACUCAUCAAUAUACCUCACACUUGUGACACACGCUUUUUAGGGAGGUACACUACACAAUAAUAUCCACAUCCUGCCUUCUUCCACGACGGAAGCCGAAGUGAGGCUCCCAUAUUAAGAUAAGAUUAAGAUCCCAUAUUAAUAAGAAGGAAGAAAGUAGAGCAAUUAAACUAAAGACACUACCUCACUAACUCCACCUGUCGAUGAGCGCAGAACUGCACUGCAAGUGUAUUCGCUUUGUCAUCAGGUGUAACCACGGUUUGGUUGUCAACAGGACUGACCAAGAGAGAAAAAAAAGGCUUAAGCCGCUUCCUCAAUGCCUUAAUCAUUUUCCAGAAGGCCCUUGUGUCCAUUCUUGGCAUAGAGUGUCCGCCCGAUAGCCGCAGUUAAACUUUUACAGGCCGCAUCAACAGUUUUCAAUGCAAACCCUCGCUGAUGGAACUCGAUAUUGAACCGAUCGUUUCGCGAGCAGAAGUAUUUGAAACUAUAAUAGAUCAAAGCAGCAAAUAACUCAAGAGAGUGAUAUUUUUAAACUCUGGAACAUCUGUCUAAAUCAUGGCUUUAUCGACAAGCUCGUAAUGGGUUCAAAUCUCAAAGGAACACCAUGCCGUGGCAGUACGCAGAACCGUUGACUAUUCUGGUAUUAGAAUUAAACGAUGUAGUUUCGAAUAACAUUAGCUUAUUGUCACUAAAGCGUUGCGCUCUAGUUGCCUUUUGGACAUACGCCGCCGGCUUGUACAAGGCCGAACGAGCAUCAAUUCCUUCUACCUUUUUUAUUGAAGAAGUAAACAAAUAAUGUGGUUGGAUUGGGAAAUUACAACAAAUGUGUGCCGCUGCUUUAAAGCAACCCCAAGCAAGCAAGCUCCUCCCGCAACAAAUAAUGUUGUCUGCCCGAAACACAAAGCCCCACAUGCAUGCUCUUUGUGAAUGAAAUCAAGAGCAUCUCGCGCAUGCUGUCCCACCAGAUACUGCGCGCCGAUGCGCCGUCGGCUGUGUGUUUUAUUGCAUCGAAGCAUAACACCAGCUACUACUGGCAAUGUGUAUGCAUUGGAGCCGCGUUCUCUCGCCUUCGUUUUCGCCCAAUUCUCAAGAGCAUCAUCUCGUGUAUCGUGAAACAAACCAAAUGGUGAAUCACUUCGAUUCAUGGCACACCACCCUACUCCGUGCAACGCGACGCAAGAGCUUCUUGAACAACGCAGUUCUGGCGUUUGUUGAAGCGACAGCGCAGAAUUUUGAGCCCAGCCCAGGACUGGCUAUAGUUCCACUUGGGCUCUCGAAUGGAAAAGCAGGAAGGCAGGCAGCGAGGAACAACAAAACACACAUCUGCAUUCCGGGUGUUUGCGUUCAUUUUGCCGGUAGUGUUCCUUUCAACCCCUGUCCACCACCUCACAUCAUCAACGCCCCCCCUCCCCCUCCCCCAUCCCGAUUGAUGGUUCGGACGCACGCGUUUCAGUUCAUUUGCUCAGCUGCCCCCGCCGCUGAAGGCUUCCAUCAGUGCGCCCCAAUCCAUGCGCACCAUACCACUCCAUGCGCGCCGCGCUUCGCGCUGCUUGUGGGUAAGCGCAUCUGUUCUGAACAUUUCUCCACCAACGGUUUGCAACGGCGUUUGUUUGGGUGGUGGUUUCGCGCUAGCGGUUAGCGGUGGUAGUGUUCUUUGCCACACACUAGAUCACCCCACCCCAUCCCUCUUUGAGGACUUAUCUUCCAGCCAGAACGCGCGCAUAUUGCCGAAGGGAUGUCCGCUUAAUCGCGCGCGCAUCGCACACUCUCCUCGCGCGUCUCGUCGCGCUGCUCAGUCCGCCAGUGGUUCACGCCGGGUUGCGAUCGUACGCUGUUAUUGGUCCACGGUUUGAGUCUUCAGCGAACUACAUCUCUAACGGGUGUGCCUGCCUGUGCGUCUUCGGAGGCGUUCUGUUGUGUUCAUAUUUAUCACUCUCACUUUCGUUCCUCCCUCUGUCUGUACUCUCCCGGGGAUGCUGUACGCGGGCCUGGUGCAGUUCGCGCUGGAUGAUCGUGGCGAUCGUGUGUGACGUCGACGUGAUCUUGGAGCAGCCGCAUCAGGCUGGAAAGCCGUAGUGUUGUACUAUCAAAAAUUCGGUUCGCUUUUCGACGCCAAAACACGGUUUCGGUGUCGAUGAUUGCGUGCACGCUUUGCACAUUGCUCGUUAAUACACCGAUUUUGAACCGCGUUUAAUCAAUUACGUUCACGCACGAAAACUAGGCCGUCGACGCUUCCGGAGUGAUCACAUUGCGUUAGUGAGGUUUUGCGCUGUGCAGUUGUGCUUUGUUGGGCAUCAUCUUAGUGUGUGAGUGUGUUUUUUGAGUGAAAAAGAGGAAUCAUUAUGCUGCAGCAAAUACAUGAGCUGCCUAUACAAACGUUUUGAUACACGAGCCUGGAGAGAAAAUACAAAUAUUCUACUGAUCCCGUAAGACAGAAGUACCGAAUCCAGUUACGGUGUAGCGUUGACCAGGCAAAUCAUGAGCAACUACACGGCCGACCAUCUCGGCCGCAGCCCCGAAGAGGAUGGGGUUUUCUGCUCCAGUGAAAUAUCGAUCGUGGCCGCAUCGAGCGCUACCUUUAUCGCGGUACUUGGAACAAUCGGAAAUGUGACCACGCUGCUAGCGCUCGGCCGGAACCGAGCCGUGCGACAACGGCGCCGUCAACCGACCACCGCGUUCGUCAUGUCGUUAGCCACCGCGGAUCUCCUGUUCUGUGUCGCCGUCAUGCCGCUCAUGGCACUUCGAUACGGCCGCCGAAGAUGGCCCUUUGUCAGCGACAGCUUAUGGUGCCGACUGUUUCCAGUGGCACUGUACGGGACGGUUGCCACCUCCGUGUUGAGCUUGGUGGCCCUGACCGUCAACCGGUAUGUGCUGAUAGUACAUCCCGCCUGGUACGGGGCAGUCUAUCGAACGGCCGGUAUGGUGCCGCUUCAGCUGGCCAUUUGUUGGGCCAUUCCGUACGGUUUAAUGGCUUUGCCACUGUUUGAACUGUGGGGUCGGCUAGGGUUCGAUCGUCGAACGUUCUCUUGUACGGUGUUACCCUCGAUCACUUCGACCGGGAAGUUUUCUGCCAGCCCGAAGAAGUUCAUUUUCAUCGUGGGAUUCGCUCUGCCAUUCUGUGCCAUCGUUCUCUGCUACACGGCCAUCAUCGGUGCAGUGCGCAGGCAGCGUCGCCAUAUGCAGCGGUAUGCGGCCAAACCAGUGGCUGCAACAUCGGUUGCUUCCACGCCUGGCAGCAUUGCCGCACCGAGCAACGACGAUGAUGAGCGGCAUCUGACGCGAACAACAGCCGCUAUAUUCGGGUGCUUCAUGCUUUGCUUUCUGCCACUUACGAUCGCCAAUGUGCUGCUGGAAGAUGCCGAAUCGGCGGGUGAGGCGGGUGAUGUGCAUGUGCUGGCAUCGAUUCUCACUUGGCACUCGGCCGUACUUAAUCCCUUCAUCUAUGCGCUGGGGAGUCGCCAUUACCGAAACGCUUACUGGGCUGUCUUACGCUGUGCAGAUUGCAAGAGUACUAAAUCGCAACGAAGAAUAACAUUUAGUAGACAUCAAUCACCUACGACGCCAUGUGCAACUAAAUCCACUAAGAUGGGAAGCUGCACUGCUGAGAACACCGGAAGUGGAACACAAAAUAAUUCGGACGUAUAACGAACGCCAACUCUUAUCUAAAGAGCUAGAUCCCAUGCCAUAUGUAGAUUAAAUAAAAUUGAUACUUUAAUUUUUAUAA